AUGGCUCUGACCCGCGAACAAUACCUGUACAUGGCUAAGCUAGCCGAGCAAGGCGAGCGCUACGAGGAGAUGGUCCAGUUCAUGAACAAGCUGGUGGUCACCUCCGCCGGCGCGGAGCUCACGGUGGAGGAGCGCAACCUCCUCUCUGUGGCCUACAAGAACGUCAUCGGCUCGCUCCGCGCCGCCUGGCGCAUAGUAUCAUCGAUUGAGCAGAAAGAGGAAAGCCACAAGAACGACGACCACGUGCCACUCGUUAAGGAUUACAGAUCUAAGGUCGAGAGCGAGCUGUCUGAUAGCUGCGCCGGGAUUUUGAAAAAUCUGAAUGAUUUUUUGAUUCCCUCGGCUUCUUCUAGUGAGUCCAAGGUUUUUUACCUUAAAAUGAAGGGAGAUUAUUACAGGUACUUAGCGGAGUUUAAGGUUGGGGAUGAUCGUAAGCAGGCUGCUGAGGAGACUAUGGUCGCUUACAAAGCCGCUCAGGAUAUUGCAAUUGUUGAUCUUUCUCCUACGCAUCCUAUACGAUUGGGUUUGGCGUUGAACUUCUCUGUUUUCUACUUUGAAAUUCUAAAUGCAUCAGAGAAGGCGUGCAACAUGGCUAAACAGGCUUUUGAGGAAGCUAUUGCCGAGCUGGACACUUUGGGCGAGGAAUCGUACAAGGACAGCACUCUUAUCAUGCAACUUCUAAGGGACAAUCUCACUCUUUGGACCGCAGAUAUGGAGGAUCUAGCAGACGAUGCUUGA